UUGGCGCGGCAUUUAUCGCGUAGAAACAACUGGGAAAUAUAUAGAGGAUCAGUCCCCACCAGGUGGCAUUGGGUCCUAUUUUCUACCUCAAAACAAAAUGAUUGAAGACCCUCUUGAGUUCCUCACUCUUGAGGAGCAAGAUGAAAUUGAAAAUCUGUACCAGUAUGUUCCCAAAGUGAAAGAAAUGUUCCAAGUCCUGAAGAAAAUAGGAGAAGGAACCUUUAGCAAAGUCUAUCUUGCCAAACUUAAACAACAUCCCAACGUGACACAGUAUUUUGCUUUAAAACAUCUAGUGCCAACUAGCAAACCAGAGAGGAUAGAACGGGAGCUUAAGUGCUUGUUACAAAUGGGAGGUAAAAACAAUGUCAUGGGGGUGAAGUUGUGUUUACGAGAAAGAGAUCACGUUGUCAUAGUGAUGCCCUACUUCCAACAUGAUGUAUUUCAGGACUACAUCACAAGCAUGAAUGUUGAAGAAAUGAGGGAAUACAUGCGCAACCUGCUGGUCUCUCUGGCUCAAGUUCACCAGUACAACAUUAUCCACAGAGAUGUGAAACCCAGUAACUUCUUAUACAACAGAAAGUUGAAAAAAUAUGCCCUUGUGGACUUUGGCUUGGCUCAGGACUCAUCAAGUGCUUUGGCCACACCUAUCCUCUUCCAAUCCCACCCUCAGACCAACCGUACAAGUCAAGAAAAAAACCCUGUUGUGUCAGUCAAGCAACUUACUGACACACCCACUUUAUCAAAGCAGUGUCAAUCAGAUGUCAGCUCAGUGCCACUCAAACGUCAGGCAGCCACUCCCCUAGCCUCUCCAAACAAGAGGAAAGCAAGGAGGUGUUCCCUUGAAAAUGAGAAUACUCCUAAAAUGUCUCCCAAAAAGGACUUCCAAUCAUCACAGAAACUCGAAGAAAUCUCAACCAAUCCCAAAAUAACAAGAAUCAGGGCGAGCACCGAGGAGGAUAAAGCCAUCAUGAAUAAACUCUCUCACACCAUGGGGCACAACCUUACGCCCCCCACCCCAGAUCUCACCACGGUCGCUUUCACAAAAUCAAAAUCUCCACGAAGAUUUGCUCUCGCAAAGAGAACUCUUCUUGUUCAUGGAAAUGACCAGGGAUCACUGUUUGGUCAAGGGAAGGCACAUACUCUUGCUAACAGACAGGCACUUGCUAAGUCCAAGCCCAGCUUUGGAACCAGACUGUCUUGUGGAACAGUGUCUCCCUCUCCCUGCCAGUGCUUUGGGUUGCCUCAGGUGUGCAGGGUUUGUGUAGCCAGGUCCCGCCAGGAGGCACCACGAGCUGGUACUCCAGGCUUCAGAGCUCCCGAGGUCCUCAUGAAACACCAACAUCAAACAACAGCUGUGGACAUCUGGUCAGCAGGGAUCAUCUUUUUAUCCAUCCUGAGUGGACGCUACCCCUUCUUCAAGGCAUCAGAUGACAUGGUGUCCCUGGCACAGUUAAUCAGCCUCAUGGGGACGAUGGAGGUGAAGAUGUCCGCAAGAACUUAUGGGAAAGAACUGACUUGUUGCCCUGUGGUGAAACCGCUAGAUCUACAGGUGGUUUGUGAAAAGCUGCAGGCUGCACCAAAACGAGGCAAAGGUCAUGGAAAGAAAUCCCCUCCCAGCAGUUCUGAUAAGGAAAAUGGUGGAAGAAUUGGAAUUCCUGACACUGCAUAUGAUUUAUUGAAAAGACUGUUGGACUUGAAUCCGGCCACUAGAAUAACAGCUAAAGAGGCUAUUAAACAUCAAUUCUUUACAGAACAUUUUAAUUAAGUUAUACUUUUGUGACUAAUAUGAAAUAAGAGGAUCGGAUGUCAAAUAUGUAGAUUGUUUAUUUUUACUAAUUUAUUACUGAUGAGUGGUAAGAGGAUAAUUUUUUUUUGUCAUAUUUGAAUUUUUAGAAAAUUUCUUUUCACCGACAUGAAAUCAUUAAUAUGUAUAUAUAUAUCAUCAACAUUUUUGUUUGUUUCAUUAAAAGACAUCUUUAAAAUUGAA